CUCAAGAUAAAAGGUUUGUGUGUGAAGAAGCUGAGAGGGCACUUGGAUCAAUGGUGGGUUCCAUGACACCUCUUCCAUUGCUUCAGAAACUAAGGGUUUCUGUGAGUCACAAAAACCUUAGGAUCAGAGCUAAAGCUGCUGUUUCUCUAUACAAAUGUGUCUCCAAGAUGGUUAAUGAGGAAAUGGAGGAGUUUGGGAUGGAAAAGUUGAUUGAAGUGGCAACUGAUUUGGUGAAUGAUAGGCUUCCAGAGGCAAGAGAUGCAGCAAGAAGUAUUGCAACUUCAGUGUAUGAGGCAAUCAUUAAGGAUGUGGAAGUGGAAGAGAAGAUGGAGGUGUGGCAGAGUUUCUGUCACUCUAAGCUAACACCAAUUAAUGCCAUUUCAAUCUUAAAGAUUGUUAAAGCUUAGAAUUGGAGGAGUAUUUCUU